GAGAGCCCGUCCAUGGAGCCGAAGAUCGUCUCGUCGCGCCUGGCCGUGUCCGGCCAGAUCGCCCCGUCCGACAUCGCGUCGCUGGCCGAAGAGGGCUAUCGCGCCAUUAUCUGCAACCGCCCCGACGGCGAGGGGGCGGACCAGCCGACCUUCGAGGAGAUCGCCGCCGAGGCGAAGAAGGCCGGCCUGGAGGCCCGCUACCUGCCGGUGACCAGCGGUAAGGUGACGGACGCGGACGCCGAGGCCUUCGGCCGGGCGCUGGACGAGCUGCCGGGGCCGGUCUUCGCCUACUGCCGCAGCGGCACCCGCUCGGUCACCCUCUGGUCGCUGUCCCAGGCGGACAGGCUGGAGCUGACCGACAUCCUGCAGCGGGCCAAGGCGGCCGGCUACGACAUGUCGGGCGUGGUACGGCGCAUCGCCAACGCCGGCAAGACGCCGGUGGACCGGGCCGACGCCAGUUACGACGUAGUGAUCGUGGGCGGCGGGGCGGCCGGCAUCUCCGUCGCCUCCAGCCUGCUUCAGCGCAAGCACGACCUGUCUGUGGCGAUUAUCGAUCCGGCCGACAUCCACUACUACCAGCCGGGUUGGACCCUGGUGGGCGGCGGUGUGUUCGACCCGGGCGAGACGGUGCGCACCAUGGCCUCGGUCGUCCCCAAGGGGGUGCACUGGCUGAAGGCGGCGGUGGCGGCCUUCGAGCCGAAGGAGAACGCCGUGGUGCUCGACGGCUGCCGGGUGGUCAAGUACGACCGCCUGGUGGUCUGCCCCGGGCUGAAGCUGGACUGGGACGCCAUUCCCGGUCUGGUCCAGACGCUGGGCAAGAACGGCGUCACUUCGAACUACCGCUUCGACCUGGCGCCCUACACCUGGGAGCUGGUCCGCGGCUUGACCUCGGGCACCGCGCUCUUCACCCAGCCGCCGAUGCCGAUCAAGUGCGCCGGCGCGCCGCAGAAGGCCAUGUACCUCUCGGCCGACCACUGGCAGCGCCAGGGCCGCCUGAGCGACAUCGACAUCGGCUUCUACAACGCCGGCGCCGUGCUGUUCGGCGUCAAGGAGUACGUGCCGCCGCUGAUGACCUACGUCGAGCGCUACGGCAUCGACCUGCAGUUCAAGCACAGCCUGAGCGCCAUCGACGGCCCGGCGCGCAAGGCCUGGUUCACCCGCAGCGACGCGGACGGCGAGACCGAGACGGUCGAGCGCAGCUUCGACAUGAUCCACGUCUGCCCGCCGCAGACCGCGCCGGACUUCAUCCGCGUCAGCCCGCUGGCCGACGCCGCCGGCUGGGUCGACGUCGACCAGUCGACGCUGCGCCACAAGAGCUUCGACAACGUCUACAGCCUGGGCGACGUGAUGAACGCGCCCAACGCCAAGACCGCGGCGGCGGCGCGCAAGCAGGCGCCGGUGGUGGCUCAGAACCUGCUCUACGACAUGGGCCACAGCCGCUACCAGGCGCACUACGACGGCUACGGCUCCUGCCCGCUGACGGUGGAGCGGGGCAAGAUCGUCCUGGCCGAGUUCGGCUACGGCGGCAAGCUGCUGCCCAGCUUCCCCUCCUGGCUGAUCGACGGCACCCGGCCCAGCCGCCUGGCCUGGCUGCUCAAGGAGCGGAUUUUGCCGCCGGUCUACUGGCAGGGCAUGCUCAAGGGGCGCGAGUGGAUGGUCAAACCCGAGCGCCUGCCGGAAGGGUCUUUCGUGUCACGGAUCGAGCGCUGGCUGCCGAUCCUCCAGUGGGGGCGCAGCUACGGCCGCGAGUCGGCGGUCAACGACCUGGUGGCGGCGGUCAUCGUCACCAUCAUGCUGAUCCCGCAGUCGCUGGCCUACGCGCUGCUGGCCGGGCUGCCGCCGGAGGUGGGGCUCUACGCCUCGAUCCUGCCGCUGGUGGCCUACGCCGUCUUCGGCACCAGCCGGGCCCUGGCGGUCGGGCCGGUGGCGGUGGUCUCGCUGAUGACCGCCGCCGCGGUCGGCCAGGUCGCCGCCCAGGGCACGGCCGACUACCUCAGCGCGGCCAUCGUGCUGGCCCUGCUCUCGGGCCUCUUCCUGAUCCUCAUGGGGCUGUUCCGCCUCGGCUUUCUCGCGAACUUCCUGAGCCACCCGGUGAUCUCCGGCUUCAUCACCGCCUCGGGCCUGAUCAUCGCCGCCAGCCAGCUCAAGCACAUCCUCGGCAUUCCCGCGCAGGGGCAUAACCUCUUCGACCUGGUGGUCAGCCUGGCCGAGGGGCUGGCGCAGACCAACCUGCCGACGCUGCUGAUCGGCGGCGGCGCGCUGGCCUUCCUCUUCUGGGU